AUGAAAUUCUUCACCCAGACCGCCUUGGCCCUCCUUGCCACCACGGCGCUCGCACAUCCCCAUGUCUUCCAGCGUACGCCGCAGCGUAACGGCGAUUCCACCAGCCGAGGAGGCAUCACCCAGACCUUAGAAUGCACCAGGGCGGAACAGGACGGCACUGGUAAUGUCAACCGCGUCUCUUGUGAAGACGGCGAGGACGGCUGCACCUGUAUCGACCGUUUCACCGAGAUUCGUUGCACGCGCGUCCUCCAGGACGGCACCGGCAAUACCAGCAUAGAGUCUUGUGACCAAGGGGAGGAGGGCCAGGACGGUUGCCAGUGCGGCGAGACUGUCGCCACUAGGCAGGAGGAGAGGUGCACUCGAGUCCUCCAGGAUGGCACCGGCAACACCAGUAUCGAGUCGUGUGAUAAGAGCGAGGAGGGAGCAGAUAUCUACAUUGAUCGGAAGGGACGGGAUAGUAACCCCGGGUCAGCCGAGAAGCCCGUGAAAAGUUUUAAAAAAGGACAAGAGCUUGUUCAUGAACUCAUUCCGUCGGCGAAAGAUGAUAUCACUGUCCACCUUGGCCCAGGUACAUGGGUGAUCGAUGAGCCUAUUGUAUUUAACGCUGAAGACUCCGGUACCAGUAGCUCUAUGGUUACAUGGUCUGGCUCGGACACUGUUAUUUCUGGAGGUUAUAAAAUCAGCAAUUGGACGGAAGAGAAAGACGGAAUAUGGUCUGCUUCCGUGCCCGAGGGUACUAAAUCCCGUCAUCUUUACGUGAACGGGCUGGCUGCUCAGUAUGCCAGACGCCAGAUCCAUAAUCGGACGGACUUUGAGUACACCAAAGUCGGAAUGACCUGGAACACCUCGGAUUAUGAUUGGAUCAUGGAAGUCCCGGGCAUUGAGAACGGCGAGCUUCGUGCUAUCAAUUCUUUUACCGAUCGGAUUGCGCUGAUAUCAAAGGUUGGAGAUCGCGUGCUUGAGAUGAAGAAGGAUAUAUGGGCCAACCAACUCAUUGGCUAUGAUCAAAUCGCAGAGCCGUUUUGGGAUGGAGGUGUCUGGAUCCAAAACGUCAGGGCCCUGCUGACUGUUGGCGGUCAAUUCUAUCUUGACAGCAAUCAGUCGACUGUCUAUUACAAGCCAUUAGACCACGAAGAUAUGACCACCGCAUCUGCCUUUCUCGGCACCCAAGAGGUUCUCAUGGUCAUUGGAGGAACGUACCGAGAGCCCAUUCACGACUUGCACUUUAAUGGAAUCACCUUUAAGCACAGCACCUGGUUGAGACCGGAUACCUAUGGAUAUAUCGAUCAGCAGACCGGUGGUCACAUGGGAAAUGAUAGUCUGUGGCCCAAUUUUGAAGCUUCGAGGCCCCACUGGUGGCAGAUGCCCAGCGCGAUCCAGGUCAGUGCGGCAUACAACAUCACACUAGAGUCUUGUACUUUCCGCGAGCUCGGCGCUGGAGGUAUCGGGGUUGCUAAUGACAAAAACGCACACUUCACGGGCGUCGGACUUGGAGCAAACAACAUCUGUAUCGAAGACAACUAUUUCACGCAGGUGAUGGGCAAUAGCAUUACCGUAGGUGGUAUUCAAGCUGACGCACAUCACCCAUCCCAGCCUGAAAUGCUUGUGACGCACAUCCACGUGUCUAACAACAUCUUCAAUAACAAUUCGGUUCUCUGGUCAUCCACUGUCCCUAUUCUCUUCACAUAUACUGAGUUCUCUUCUAUCACCCACAACGACAUUUACAAUCACCCGUAUAGCGGUAUUUGUCAUGGCUAUGGCUGGGGAAGCAAUGACGAAGGAGGUAGUCCGGAAUACGUUAAGCGCGGUCUUUACAAUUAUCAGCCCCUCUAUGACACCCCCACCGUGAUGAAGAAUAAUCUGAUUGAGGGAAAUCUAAUUCACAAUUUCGGCCGAUCCCAUACUGACUUUGGAGGCGUCUACACAUUAUCUCGGUCACCGAACACAACCGUGUCGUCCAACUUCAUUUAUGAAGCAGGGUGGCAAGCCUUAUACCCCGAUGAAGCUUCAAGGAAUAUAACAUGGUUUAACAAUCUUGGCUUCACCUCUGGCAAAUAUUAUGCGCCCAAUGAUUGGAUUCCAGAACAGCUCACCGGGUGGAACACUGUGAUUGAUAACUGGGGCAAGCUUGGAGUCGGGGGUAAUGAGGUUCUGGAUGGGUUCCCAAACCAUUCCGGAAGACGCAACAACACGUUUCUGCGCAAUUAUCUGGCGACUGGUGUAAACGAAACAAGUCUUAUUGCACAGAGGGCUGCGUACCGUGCAGGUGUUAUUCCGUCGAAACGCAAAGGAAGACCUGUCACAAACGAUCCAGAUAUGGUAGAUGCCUACCUGAGUGUGAAAGUCAGCGAUGAAAUUGUCGCUCUGAACCUGACCAACUUUGACGACGUGGACUUCAAAGACGUUGUCUUUCGCAUCGCGGGUCCUGGUGUCGCGUUCGAAAACAGAUCUAGCCCCACAUCAAUCCCAGCUGAUGGUUCUGCGAUCGCUGUAUAUGCGUUCUCUGGUUCGCCGAAGGGCAAUGCUACGGCUAGAGUGAGCUAUGUGAACCCAGGAACCGGACCAUCUGGUAGAGAGAGGAUGAUCUCUUUCUCAUUACUGUAA